AUGUUCACAACCCCUUCCGCAACAAGGCCUCUCCCAAAAAAGGUUGCUCACCAUCGCCAGUCGUCAUCAUGGUGCACCGCCUUGUCAGAAUGCAGUUUCCACUCAGCAGAGGAGGGUUUGGAGUUGCUGGACUUGGAUGACCGUGACGAGGCAAAUGUCCUGGACUGGCGAGGCCAUAAACAGAGCAGGCUGCACGCUCGCUCCAGGUCAUUGGAGUCCUUCCCCUUUAGUCACGAGCCCAGGCAAGGGCCCCUGGAGUGCAUCGCCACUGGUAUUCCAGCUGCAGAGGGUACUCCACUACCUUCAAACAAGUCAAAGGACAUGCCAGCAGUUCCACCCCUGAGGCUCCAACACAUGAGCUCCGGCAAAUUCAAAGCUACGAUCAGUGUAGAGUUCUCUGAGGAGGGCCCCGGAGGAUUCAAGACAAGUCAGAACCACCUGUUUGUUGCAAGUCAGCCCCUGCAUUUCUGUACAGCUGGUGCCUCUCAGAGGAACAUGGCACCGGCAACAUCGUUUCAGAGCAGCAAGAGUACAAAAAAGGGCACUGAUUCAUUCCAGACUGUGUCAAAUGAGCUGUUUGUAUCAGGCCAAGACACUCAGCCUCAGAGGGUUGGAAGUGGUGAGCCGUUAAGGCCAUUUCAGGGUGGCAAACAGGUUGAGGUCAGGUCACCUGUAAAGAGGACUGCAACACGGUUUGCUCGGUUUGCCUGUAUGUGUGCCACCCCAGUGGAUGAUCAGGGUGCAUAUCCGGAGAAUGGCAUCCAGGGGCCAGAUAGGGACACUGCCAGUGAGGGGGAGAUGAGGACACCGGUGUCUGGAAGUUCCCCUGGGCGUCUGAAGUCAAUAUGGGCAAGCUUUCGGUGGCGAAACAGUGGCUCUAGACUGGUAAAUAGAGUGUCUGAUGGGGGCGAUGAGUGCCCAGAGGGAGGGUCUCUGGGAGGCUAUCCGCUUAGAGCAGUGCAGCCAACAUCUCAGGCGAAAGCGACUGUUGGUGUUAAUGAGGGGUUUGCAGAUCUCAGAAUGAAGAGCCUAUGCCCAAGUAUCCCAGGCACAGACAACAAGAAAUUCACAGCCCAUGGUCCAAACACAUCUUGGGUGGACGAGCAAUUCUUUGACUGCAGUGACACUUGGGAGGUGAUGCUGGCACCUUUUGAAUCUGCCAGGGGCACGAACAGAUCUAUCGACAAUCAACAUGCAAGGGCAAACAGUGGGACCAUAGUGGCCAGGGACAGGGGACCACCACGGCCACACAGACUGAAAGCCAGUGUGGAAGAUUUCGAACCAAUAUACCCAGCUCUGAGCGCAAGGGGUGGCACUGACGAUGUGAACAGAAAUUGGGUUGGGAACCUGUCAGCUAGGAAGGUCAGGCUCCCAGGCCUGGCAGAUGUCCCCAGGCAGGAUGAGAUGGGGGAAGGAGUGAAGAAGCUUGAGGAGCUGAUUGACCGAUGUACAGGAAUUUGGCAGCGAAUUCCUGAGGAGAGUGACGACCCCUCACCAUUAUGUGAUGUGAUGGAGUUGCCAUGGGUUUUCAAGCGGGCACUUGGCAUGGCCACGCAAACAGAGGUGGUUGUCUAUGAGGAUCGGGUGUUUGUGAAGCCCAAAUUGUUUGGCAUCCCAAUACCAACAGCAGCUACCCCCUGGUCACGAGAGGGCGUGAUGGUCCCCAGAAGGGACAAGAGGAAAGGCAUGUCCAGGAUAUCGCUUGUGAGGACGACAUUUGGCUUCAGACAAUACAAUUGUUGGGCAGACCCUUAUGCCGGGAUGAGCAUCGUGGAAAUUGGGAUUUGUGAUGACGGCAAGCUUGUGAUGAGCACAUUUGUCAAGCGGCGGACUGGUCCUUCUUGCAAAAUCAGGACUUGCAUGGCGAAGAUACAGUGA